CCUUGCGCCGCCUCCACACACGCCGGCGCUCGCACCCCAAGCCGCCGGCGACUAGACCAACGAACAGCAGCUUGCGUUGCGCCAACCCGGCACCCCCAAGCUGCCCUCCGGCGACUAGUCCUGCACGGCUUCAUCCCGGUCUGGCCAGCCGCGAUUGCAAGUCAGCAAAGUGCAAGGCGGCGACGCAGGUCAGCUUGGAGCCGUAGACAGAGUUUUGGGAGCAGAUCAGAUCAAGGCCGAGCUUUGAAUUGGUCAUUAUGGCGUGGGAGCUCACCGAGGUCCCUGGCAAUCCAACUUCCCUCCAACCUUCCACGGUUGAUGUGGUGGCAGCGAACAUUUUGCCCAAGGUAACAAAUGCUCUCAUCAGGCAAUUGAAUCAAGUAUGCCCAUUAGAGAAUCUACGGCAUGUCAAGCGGGUGCGUCGGCGUGUUGGGUGUGGCGAAAAUUCUGAGUUAUCAAUCAUCUUAUGCCUUUCCACUGGGCCUGACAAUUGCAGUGAAGGUUUUCCUGAAGAAGUGCAAAAGAUAGUGGACAACUACCAUUUGAGUCCUUUCAUUGCAAAAGUUGCCAGUUGUUCUGCUACAUCGAAAGAAGAGUGGGAGGAACAGUGCAAACUUUGGCCAACAUCUUAUCACCCCCCUCACGACAUUGAUGGUGUAUCUGGAUUUAAAGAGGAGGAAUUACCAUCAAUAUUUCAUUUCAUGAGGACUGCUAUGCAGUUAUCACAGCAGGUGGGCAAUGCUGCCAUUAUUGUUGAUCCAUCAAGCAUGCAAAUAAUUUCAAAGGCUACAGACCAAACACACCAGCGUGAUACUUGUCUAAAAGGGAACAAAUGUGCAAUGGUAGAAGCAGAUAAUGCCAGCUCGUUACCUGAAGCAAUUGAGGAUAAAGCCGAGACUUCGUUGCCAUUGAGCUCUCGUUUUUGCAAUGGCUUAGACAGGGAGGUCUCAUGUAUAGACCCUUUCGGAUGGAUGAAACAAAGGUGCAGGGAGCAGAAGACACUGCCGUCUGAAGGUGGUUUUCUCUGGCAUCCUCUGUGGCAUGCUGCAGUUGUUGCCAUUGAAAAUGCCGCCGAGAGGGAUAGAAGGAUGUUCCCUGCUUCAACUUCAACAACCGAACCAAAAUUAAAUGGUGAUGUAGAGAAUUGUUCUGAUGAUGAACCAGCAAAGCGGCUAAAGACAGUUACAAAAGAUGAAGAGCAAUCUGCACAUCCAGCACGCAGCAGUGACUUAUCUGAAAGAAACAGACCAUAUCUUUGCACAGGAUUUGACAUCUACCUUGUUUGGGAACCAUGCGCGAUGUGUGCUAUGGCACUUGUACAUCAAAGGUUCAAGCGCGUCUUCUAUGCUUUCCCUAAUCCCAUUACUGGAGCACUGGGUAGUGUCUACAGAUUGCACGGGAAGAAAAGCUUGAAUCACCAUUACUCCGUGUUUAGGAUAAAAGUUCCUGAGGCAUAUUUGAAUGGUUCAACUGACUGUUCUGAAAAAUGGUGCUCAAAUUCUGUCUCAUCUUAGUACGAAGACUCCAGGAGCUUUGUUCUGCAGCAAUGGUAACUGCUAAAAUGCCCAUGAGCUUGCAAGGAAAUGCUAUUUAGCCCGAAUUUAGGUGGUGUAGAAAAUUGGCUAGUACCCCUAUUGUUCACUGCAGCUUAAUGUCUGUUUGUAUGUUUGAAAUGGAAAAGAUUAUUGUUUCCUCAGGGGUAUAUUUUGGUCUAUUUAACACCCUGAACCCCGCA